AAUACCAGCCAUGGAACUCAACUUCGUUUCCUUGGCCUUUCUUUUCUCCUCCUUCCUCUUUGCUCUUGUAGUGCUUAAGGCACCCAAAUCCAAAGCAAUGAAGCUGCCUCCAAGCCCGCCGAAGCUUCCCAUCAUAGGCCACUUGCACCGAGUGCUCGGAAGUAUCCCUCACCGCGCCUUCAGAGACCUGUCCCGGCGACAUGGGCCUGUCAUGCUUCUCAAACUCGGACAUGUCGACCAUGUAGUCAUCUCCUCUCGGGAGGCUGCGAGAGAGAUCAUGCAGACCCAUGAUCUCAUCUUUGCCACCCGGCCCAAAUUAUUCAUCCCCGAGAUGCUCUUCCAAUGCGCUGACAUAGCCUUCUCUCCCUACGGUAACUACUGGCGGCAGCUGCGAAAGAUAUGCACGGUCGAGCUACUAAGUACAAAGCGUGUCAAGUCAUUUGCCGCGCCUCUACAGGAGGAGAUUUUGGACCUCGUGGGGACUAUCUCCAAGUUGAACAAAUCUCCUGUGAACCUUUCCGAGAAGCUUCGCUUACUAACCAAUGGCGUGAUCUCAAGAGUCGCAUUUGGCAAGACAUGCAAGCAUGCGCAGAGGUUUCUCGCGGCGACUAGGGAACUGACGGAGUUGAUAUCCGGAUUUUGUGUCGCUGAUCUGUUCCCCUCGUUGACCUUUAUCGACACUCUCACUGGAUUGAGAUCCGCGUCAGAGAAAUCUCGGCGUGAGAUGGAUGAGAUCGUUGAGGAGAUAAUCAAGGAGCACCAAGAGAAGAGAGCCACCUCAAAUGGCAACAAAGGGGAUGAUCCACGAGAGGAAGAUGUUGUCGACGUUCUUUUAGGGCUGGAGGAAAAUGGUGGACUUGACUUCCCUCUCACACACGCCAACAUCAAGGCCGUAACCAUGGAUUUGUUCGUUGCAGGGACCGACACAUCGUCGGCAACGACGAUAUGGGCGAUGACAGAGCUAAUGAAGCACCCUGAGAUUAUGGAGAAGGCUCAAGCGGAGGUGCGGCGAGUGCUGAAGGGAAGGCCCAGGAUUGAAGAGGGGGACAUGAGUGAAUUCCAGUACAUGAAGCUGGUGAUCAAGGAGACUCUAAGGUUGCACCCGCCAACAUUCUUUGGAUCUCAAGAUCUAUGGGAAAUUGUCAAUAAUGGAUGCCAUGAACUCAUGACACAAGAAAAAGCCAGCCUCUCUGCAAAUCAAGAAAAUGAGUUGAAAGAUGUAAAAAAGAAGAAUAAGAAGAUUUUGUUCUUCCUUUAUCAAGCAGUAGAGGAGUCUUCUUUUCAGAAAAAUAUCGAAGCGGCAUCAAGUAAGGAAGCAUGGGAUAUCAUCGCAAUCAUUUUCAGAGGAGAUGAGUGCGUGAGGCAGAUUCGCUUGCAGACAUUGCGAGCCAAGUUUGAAGACAUCCGUAUGGAGUCUGAAAGUAUUGCAGACUAUGUUUUUCUGAUUUUGGUUAUUGUGAAUCAAAUGAAGAGAAAUGAUGAAACACUUGAAGAUAUUCGAGUUGUAGAGAAGAUUUUGCACUCAUUAAUUAACUUCAAAGUUUGA